GCCGGUUAUUCCUUAAACAUUCGCGAAUAAGCGGCAAUAAAAAUUUAAUAAAUUUCACCUUAUCGAGUUUAGUAUCCGAUCGUGUAAAGUGAACACAGCACGCGUAGAGUUUUUCGCUGCCGCUUAAAUUUUAUCGAAUUUGUUUUAUUUUAUUUUAUUUUUUUUUUUGUAUAAUGCCAAAUGACGUGCAUGAUCGGUGAGUGUGUGUGUCGCAGUGAAUAGAUUCGUAUGCUAAUUGAACGAAUACCUACCUGUCUCUGCUUCAUUUUAAUUCAGUAAUGAAAAGUGGAGGUCAAAUUUAAAGGUGUAAAUAAUGGGCCGAGGAGGGGUAGGCUUCCAUUCUAGCAGAGCCGAAUUUUUGACUGAUGACGCUCUAAACAAUGAUCUUAAGUACAGCAGAAACGGUGGAUGCUUUGUUACCACCAAAAAAGCCAUAGCAUUCGUCGUCCUGGCCAUCACAUCUCUAGUUCUAGUCGUAAUGCUCAUGUAUUACUAUGGACCAAACAGAAAAUUGGAAGUGCUGCAAAGUGAAUCAAAUGACAUAGAAAAGCUUAUCAAUAAGACGAUUCAAGAAAAACUUCCGGAGGAAGGUAUUCGAUUACCGAAAUCAAUAUAUCCCUUAAAUUAUCGGCUGUGGAUCCAUCCAAUUUUGGACGAGGAUUCAGAGAGGAAUUUCACAUUUACUGGGCACGUACAGAUUCUUGUAAAUUGCACCAGAAAAACUAAUAAAAUAAUAUUAAACAUUGACGACUUAAAUAUCACAGAGUCGGAUAUUUCUGUUUACACAACCAGAAUAGUCACGUAUGACUCCGAAAAGUAUAAAGUUAUUAACGAUGAUGUACAUAAAUUAAAAAGGGAUACCAGUAAUAUUGAAGAAUCACCACCUGUUUUGGAAAACAAUGAGGAUAAUAGUGUAGAGUCUACUGAAAAAUUAGAGAACAUCGAAACGACUACAGAAAUUCCCGAAGUUACUACCCAAGAAAUCCAAAUGGAAAAUACAACGGAAGUUAAUAUAACCGAAGAAACAACUACAGAAGUUGUAAUAAAGAAGGAAAAAAUAAACCUAACCAUUCAAGAUAUUCUAAUGGACGACGAAAACUUUAAAUUAACUAUAAUUAUGAUGUAUCUGCUCGAGCCAGGUCACACAUACACAGUUGAUAUUAAAUUUUCCGGAGACAUUUUAAAUAAUCUGAAAGGUUUGUAUAAAACUAGUUAUGUGGAUCUCGAAGGAAAUACAAGAUGGUUGGCGACUACGCAUUUCCAAUCCGUGUAUGCCCGUAGAGUAUUUCCGUGUUUUGAUGAGCCGUACUUCAAAUCAACGUUUGAAAUCAGUAUUGCUCACAGAACGAAUAUGACUGCUUUAUCGAACAUGCCUUUACGCGAAAUGGAACCAAAGAAUGAUACAGAACUUGGCUGGGUCUGGUCGCAUUUUAUGAAGACACCGCCAAUGUCAACAUAUAUUGUUGCUUUUACUAUAUGUGAUUUUGAAAGUAACGGUAAUGUCACAAAAGAUGUUGGACCUGUCAUUAAAGUUUGGGCACCUAAAGAUGAUAUAAUUAAAACAAAGUAUGCUCUGGAAGUUACAGAGGAAAUACUUCCGUUCCUAGAACAAUAUUUCGGGAUUAAGUAUCCUCUGCCAAAGCUAGAUUUGUUGGCAAUUCCGAACUUUGGAAAAGGUGCUAUGGAAAACUGGGGUUUAAUAUCAUUUAGAAAGGCAGCUCUAUUGUUUGAUCCUGAUUCAAGGAGUAUUAAGACCAAAAGUUUUAUAUUUAAUAAAAUAGCCCACGAACUAGCUCAUCAGUGGUUUGGCAAUUUGGUGACAUUAGAAUGGUGGUCUGAUUUGUGGUUGAACGAAGGUUUCGGAACAUUUAUAUCCGAAGUAGUUUUAACAAACCUGAGACCAAGAUGGCAAAUUUACAGUAGUUUGCAACUGCGAGAUACUUAUAAAACAUUAUACUAUGAUAGUUUAAAAUCAGCUCAUAGUAUUCAAACUGAAAUAAAAAGCACAGCUGAGAUUGAGCAAAUAUUCGAUACUAUUAUUUAUCAAAAAGGUUGUUCAAUUUUGAGAAUGUUAAAUUACACAUUAACCAAAGAUGUUUUUAAUAAGGGAUUACAAAAUUUUCUACGCAGAUAUGCAUACACGUCAGUUGAUCAGAACGAUUUGUGGGAAAUAUUUACAAUCACAGCUAGAAAUGAAAGUAUAAUUCCAGAAAAUGUUACAAUUAAAGCUCUUAUGGAUUCAUGGACAACUCAGAGUGGAUAUCCUUUAGUAACAGUUACUAGAAAUUACACAUCGGAAAUAGGUACAGUUAAUCAAACUAAAAUGUCUGAAGAUAACAUACCUUCGGAGACCUUGUGGUAUAUACCCAUUAAUUACAUAACCAGUGAUGAAGAUUAUGCUCCAAAAAGUAUAUGGAUGGAAAAUGUUCGCAAGAUUGACUUAAAUUUAACAAGUUCUGAUAACGACUCCUGGGUUUUACUUAACAUUGAUGAAACUGGAUUUUAUCGCGUUAAUUAUGACAUAUAUAAUUGGAAACUCCUUAAAAAUCAACUUCUAAAAAAUCCACAAAGAAUCCCAGUUUAUAAUAGAGGUCAACUAAUGGAUGAUGCUUUCCAUUUAUCCAACAUGGGUGCUUUAAAUUAUACGGUCGCAUUUGAACUUACAAGAUAUCUUAAUAUAAAAGAACAAAAUUACAUUCCGUGGUACAGUGCACUUAGAAAUAUGGAGGAGUUACGCGUCAUUAUCAGUAAUUAUGAAUACACUGGUCUAUAUGACGAAUAUUUGUUGAAAUUGGCUGGUCCAAUGUUCGACGAGCUUGGUCCAAAAGACCGACCUUAUGACACUCAAAAUGAGAAACUUUUAAGGUUGCACUUAGUAACUUCAGUUUGUAAAUUGCGAUAUCAACCAUGCAUUCGUUGGGCUAUAGAACAAUAUGACAAUUGGAUGAGCUUGAAGACACCUGAUCAACUUAAUCCAAUACCAGUGGACUAUCGAUUUAUAGCACAGUGUGUGGCCAUCAAACAUGGUGGCAUAACUGAAUGGGACUUCCUGUGGAAUCGUACAUUAUCACCGUCUAUAGAACCUGUAGACCUUCAAAAAGCAUAUUUAAGUUUGGGUUGUACUAAUGAUCCAUGGCUUAUUAAUAGAUAUUUGGAGUACUGUCUUCAGGGAAACAUUACGUUGGAAAACAUACCAUAUGUUUGGCAAUCCAUUAAUCAUCCAGUAGGUGUAAGAACAGGAUUUCAAUUUUUACGAUUAAACUGGGAAAGGAUUUAUACAACAUUUGAAGAUGUUUAUACAGUAUUUAGUUCCAUUUUCCAUGAUUUUGUUUCUCAAUUGUCAACUGAAAUAGAUUUAGAAGAUCUCACAACAUUCUACAAAUUGCAUCAAAAUGAUUUGUUAACGGUAUCAACAAUUCUUCAAGGCACAGUAGAUCAAAUUAAAGUUAGGAUCAAUUGGAAAACUAAGCAUUUAAACUCCGUCAUUGAAUGGCUUAAAAAUAAUAAAAUAUAGUCGGCAUGAAUAAUAUAAAAUUGUUGUGAUAUAUUUUUAGAUUUGUAUAGUAUUAUCUAGGUAUCAAUAACAAGAAAUACAGUCAUAAUUGUACUAAUUCUGAAUAUUUAUGAUCAACAGAUUUAUAUGUAUGUACUUAGUCUUGUACAGAUAACUAUAAUAAAUGUUUUUGUUAUAA